CGCGCUCCGCGGACGGGACCGUGAACGCAGCGCGGCGAUGGGGCGUUUGCGCGGCUCCUCGGCGUCUGCCAGAAGGAGCGAAUCCCCGCCAGCAGCGAGCCGACAAACCUCCGCCGGGACAUGAACCCCGCCUUGUGACGGGAGAACCGCGAGCGAGCGGCACGCAAAGAUGACGGUGGACUUCGAGGAAUGUGUCAAGGAUUCGCCGCGCUUCAGGGCAAACAUCGAGGAGGUGGAGAGCGAGGUUGUGGAGAUCGAGGCAAAACUCGACAAGCUGGUGAAGCUAUGCGGCGGCAUGAUAGAAGCCGGCAAAGCGUACGUUGGGGCCAACAAGCUCUUUGUCAAUGGCAUCCGCGAUCUCUCCCAGCAGUGCAAGAAGGAUGGCAUGAUGUCGGAGUGCUUGGAGAAGUGUGGAGAAAGUCUGCAGGAGAUCAUCAACUACCACAUGAUCCUCUUGGACCAGGCCCAGCGUUCGGUCAAACAACAGCUGCAGCACUUCAUCAAAGAGGACGUGCGCAAGUUCAAGGAGACCAAGAAGCACUUUGACCGCGUCCGCGAGGACCUGGAGAUCGCCCAGGUGAAGAACGCCCAGGCGCCCAGGAACAAACCUCACGAGGUGGAGGAGGCCACCGGCUCGCUGAGCGUGGCCCGCAAGUGCUUCAGGCACCUGGCUUUGGACUAUGUCCUGCAGAUCAACGUCCUCCAGGCCAAGAAGAAGUUUGAGAUCCUGGACGCAGUGCUAUCCUUCAUGCAGGCCCAGUACGCCUGGUUCCAGCAGGGCUACAGCCUCCUGGACGACAUCAACCCCUACAUGAAGAAGCUGGCGGCCCAGCUGGACCAGCUGGUGAUCGACUCUGCCAUGGAGAAGAGAGAGAUGGAGCACAAGCACGCCACCAUCCAGCAGAGGACGCUCAUGCAGGACUUCGCCUACGACGACUCCAAGGCGGAGUUCAACGUGGACGCUCCUGACGGAGUGGUGAUGGAGGGCUACUUAUUCAAGAGGGCCAGCAACGCCUUCAAGACCUGGAACAGACGCUGGUUCUCCAUCCAGAACAGUCAGCUGGUCUACCAGAAGAAGCUCAAGCAGGACUGUGUGACGGUGGUGGUGGACGACCUACGCCUCUGCUCCGUCAAACCCUGCGAGGACAUCGAGAGGAGGUUCUGCUUGGAGGUGGUCUCCCCCACCAAGAGCUGCAUGCUGCAGGCCGAGUCCGAGAAGCUGAGACAGGCGUGGAUCCAGGCGGUCCAGGCCAGCAUCGCCUCGGCCUACAGAGAGAGUCCAGACAGCUUCUACAUCGAGCGUCUGGACAGAGCCGCCUCGCCGUCCACCAGCAGCAUCGACUCGGCCAAUGAGACGCGAGAGCGCGGCGACAUCAUCCUGCAGAGGAUCCAGCGUCUCCCGGGCAACCAGCGAUGCUGCGACUGCGGCCAGGUGGAGCCUCGCUGGGCCUCCAUCAACCUGGGCGUGCUGCUGUGCAUCGAGUGCUCCGGCAUCCACAGGAGUCUGGGCGUGCACUGCUCCAAAGUACGCUCGCUCACGCUGGACUCCUGGGAACCCGAAUUGUUGAAGCUGAUGUGCGAGCUGGGCAACAGCGUCAUCAACCACAUCUACGAGAGCUCGUACGACCAGCAGCCGGACGUGAAGAAGCCCACGCCGUCCAGCUCCAGGCAGGACAAGGAGUCCUGGAUCAGGGCCAAGUACGUGGACAAGAGCUUCGUGAAGAAGAUGACCACCAUGCGGGCUCUCCUCAGCGCUCAGGCGGCGUCAGGGCGGCGCUGGAGCGUCAAGAAGUGUCGGCGGCACAACAGCGCCACCGCCGGGCCCAAAGUGCGGCGGCGGUACCGACAGGAACCUCGGAGCGCCUCGCCGUCCUCAGCUGCUGCCAAGUUCCGGCGAGAAUCUUUGUUUUGUCCCGACGAGCUGGACUCGCUUUUCUCCUACUUCCACGCCGGCUCCGGACCUCGAAGUCCUGCAGGCCUGAGCAGCGACAGCGGUCUGGGCAGCACGGACGGCAGCACGGACAUUUUGGUGUUUGGCCCGGCGGUGGACAGCGUCACGGAGGAGGAGUGCGAGGUGUCCGAGGAUUCGAGCGGCGAGGCCGAGCCCGACGCGUGGGACCCGGAGGACGGCGGCGACCUGCGGCCGGGCGCGCUGCUCUACAACGCCGCCAAAGCUCGCAACCUGCCCGUCAUGGCGGAGGCGCUGGCUCACGGCGCGGACGUCAACUUGGUCAACGAGGACGACGAGGGGAAGACGCCGCUCAUACAGGCUGUGAUCGGGGGUUCCCUGCUGGCUUGUGAGUUCCUCCUCCAGAACGCCGCUGACGUGGACCAAAGAGACGCCAGAGGGCGGGGCCCCCUGCAUCACGCCACCUACCUGGGUCACACGGGGCAGGUGUGUUUGUUCCUGAAACGAGGCGCCGCCCAGAACCACGGCGACGAGGACGGCCACGACCCUCUGAGCAUCGCCGUGCAGCAAGCCAACGCCGACAUCGUCACGCUGUUGCGUCUGGCCAGGAUGAACGAGGAGAUGCGUGAGUCCGAGGGCCCCUUCGGACAGCCAGGAGACGCCACCUACCUGGACAUCUUCCGGGAGUUCUCCCACAUGGCGUCACACAAUCCCGAGAAAUUGAAGAGGAGAAGCGUCCACUUCCGGCACUCCUUCAGAUAAUUGAACUGCAAACCUUCCACUUUAUUUUCUCUUCUCAUUCUUGUCUCGUUUCAUUUGCUUCAUUUUGUGCUGCUUUUGACUUUUUCGGUUGUUUUGUUUGUUUUCAUCCACGAGGAUUCGCAGGUCUUGUCCUCCGAUGGAUUUCUGUGGACUUUAUUAUGUUGGCAAAAUAUGUGAGCGGACAACCACAGCCAAUCACACGCCAAGACUGCGCUCAAUCAGCCAAUCACGACACAGCACUUAGUCCCGCCUCCUACUUACGAGUGCACGUCAAGAAAAACAAGAUGAAGUAGUUUAUCAUCAAAAAUAAAGCAUUUUAAUACAUAUAUAUAUAUAUAUAUAUAUAUAUAUAUAUA